AUGGAGAUUAGGCUUGUCGCCUGCGAGCGUAUGUCAGGGACACAAUGCUCGAAAAAGACUCCAUUGAGUUUGUGCUUCGUGAAGCAGCUUGUCUGCAAUGGAGAUGAGGCUUGUCGCCUGCGAGCGUAUGUCAGGGACACAAUGCUCGAAAAAGACUCCAUUGAGUUUGUGCUUCGUGAAGCAGCCUGUCUGCAAUGGAGAUUAGGCUUGUCGCCUGCGAGCCCUGUCUGCAAUGGAGAUGAGGCUUGUCGCCUGCGAGCGUAUGUCAGGGACACAAUGCUCGAAAAAGACUCCAUUGAGUUUGUGCUUCGUGAAGCAGCCUGUCUGCAAUGGAGAUUAGGCUUGUCGCCUGCGAGCGCUUGUCGCCUGCGAGCGUAUGUCAGGGACACAAUGCUCGAAAAAGACUCCAUUGAGUUUGUGCUUCGUGAAGCAGCCUGUCUGCAAUGGAGAUUAGGCUUGUCGCCUGCGAGCCCUGUCUGCAAUGGAGAUGAGGCUUGUCGCCUGCGAGCGUAUGUCAGGGACACAAUGCUCGAAAAAGACUCCAUUGAGUUUGUGCUUCGUGAAGCAGCUUGUCUGCAAUGGAGAUUAGGCUUGUCGCCUGCGAGCGUAUGUCAGGGACACAAUGCUCGAAAAAGACUCCAUUGA